GUCACGUUAUUGACUCCGUUCUGCACCACCAUGAGCCUCCGGUACAUUGGCAACCUUCGACGACUACCACUCUCAAGGCGAUGUCUGUCCACUGUUGAAGCCGGUGUCGAGCGUCCUGACCAGUAUUGUGCCGACUUUGUCCGUAAAAAUGACUAUGAGUCUUUUCUCGUGUCGCCUUUCUACCCGACAGAAUUGCGGCCCGCCUACUUUGCCCUCAAAGCCUUUUCUGUGGAGUUGGCAAUGGUGCAGGACAACGUCUCGAACCCUAUGAUUGGCCAAAUGCGAAUGCAAUUUUGGCGCGAUGCUAUCAAAAGUUUCUCUGAUGGCAGUCCUCCUCGGCAUCCAAUUGCUAUGUCCCUGUAUGAUGCUUGCCAAAGGGUGCAUUUACCUACAUACCAUCUGAAACGCAUAAUUGACGCGCGUGACGCUGAGCUGUACUCUUCGGCCCACCUAACAACCGAUUCUCUAACGGCCCACGCGGAGGCAACCUCUUCCACCCUAUUGUAUCUUUUACUCUCGCUAUUCUCGGCCUCCUCAUCAUCUACUCUGUCACAUGCCGCGUCUCACCUGGGCAUCUCCCAAACCUUCGCCACGCUCUUGCGAGCACUCCCCUUCCAUGCUGCAAACGGUAGGAUGAUCAUACCAGCAGAGAUCACUGCAAAACACCGGGUCGUGCAGGAGGAUGUGUUGCGCAAGGGCGGCGAUGCACAGGGUAUCGAGGAUGCUGUGUUCGAACUGGCUACCUUGGCCAAUGACCAUCUUCAAACUGCCCGAAGUAUGUUCAAAGAGAACGGAUUCGAAGGCAAAGUCCCCCGAGCGGUGAUGCCGGUCUUUAUGACAGGAGCAUCCGUUGCGAGCAUCCUCGGUCGGCUCGAGAAGGCAAACUUUAACGCUUUUGAUCCAAGACUACAGCUGAGAGACUGGAAGCUACCCUGGAGAGUAUGGAAAAGCUACUACGUUCGAAUGUUUUGAAUAGAACCAACUAAGAAUAUUGCGAGAAAGGCAAAAUGAAGGGCGUUGAAUGCGAUUGAGGAAGAUAUGUUUGAAUUCAGUGUUCCUUUCAAUUAGGGUACGCCAGUGGCUUCCAAUAUGUCAU